AGCCCCACUCUUUAUCCAAGCGCAUUUACUACUGCUACCUACAAACUGAUAUGGAGAAAAGUCUUUUGGGAUCUGGUAUUUGUCCACAAAGUAUUGGUGCCUUGUCCCAAGGACAAAACACAGGAGAAGCCACCCUCAACGCUGCCUGCCCUAACUGCUGUUCCCCUGCCCAACCACGCGCUCAGAGCUUCACCCCCUCACACCCACAGCUCGGCUGAGAAGGAGGAAGUGCCGUCAGUGACAUCUCCCGCGUCUUCAUCGGAGGGUUCUAACAAUCCAGGGCUUUUGGGCAGCCAGACACAGCCAGCGUGGAGUGUGGGUAGCAGUAUUCGAAACCAGGAUCUGCAGCUCCCAAAGCGCAGACCUACCACAGAUGUGAGAACUGCAUGUCACGUUUCCGAACGCAUCGCUCCCUCUUCAAGCACUUGCACAGCUGUUCUGAUGCCAACCCCACCACUGCCACCACCGCCACUUCCCCAGCCCUGGCUUCAGAGAAACCCAUCUUUCCACCUAGCCCUGUCCUGGAAAAAGAGCCACCCGGGAAAUUGCUGGAGGAGCUUCCAAAACUCCAGAGCGUCAUACAGCACUUCAAGAAAGAAGCUCUUCUCCCUGGCACAAUGGACACUCCUCUGGCCACCGACUUGCUUCCAGCUGGACUUCCUGGCCCCUUAGAAUCGGGGCCAUUGCCAACGUCUCCUACAUAUCCUCUGCUGGACCAAUCCCUGUUUGGGCCACCCUCCCUGGCAAAAUUCUCUGGGCCACCUCACCCUUCGGUUUCAGGGCCCUUCUUGCCCUAUAUGCACCCCACGUCCUAUGCUUUACCUCAAGCUGCAGUGCAGAAUCGCCUUAGGCCUUUCUUGCCAGCAGGCCAAGGCCUCCCUGUUUCCAAUGCUGUGUGGAAGAAAAGCCAAGGACACUCCUCCAACAGCCGCAUUGUAUGGGAACACACCCGAGGUCGUUAUAACUGCUUACAGUGCCCCUAUUCCACAGCCUCUCGGGAGGAGAUGACCCAGCAUACUGAAGACCACCGCAAAAAUCCCUCUCCAACCAGUCGCUUGGAUGGGGAAAUGGACUUUGGUGUUCCUCUUCCUGCAUUCCACCCGAAGUUGACACCUGAAGUGGAGAACUCCCUCUUUUCCCCGCUGUGAAGUUUCCACUGGGCUGAUUAAGCUGACUUUAUUAUUUUCCCCCGCCCCCCGAAACACAGCAUUUGUGUGGAGAGAAUUCUUUAUUUUUAUUUUUUAUGUGUGCAUUCCUCCCCCCCAAAAGGAGGCGUUUGGGGACAACCAUGUGUCAAAUUUAGGGCAGAAUUCAUUUGCGUUCUAGCUUGUCCAGAAUGAGCAAGAGCAUGGAUGCAUUUGACAUACUCCUGUUUGUUUCUGGUUACUCCCUUUGGCAGAAAAAGCCAAACGUCUUUAGCCUCCAGUCUAUGUUUUGUUGAGCAUUGCAUCUGAAUCUAGUCCUUGGCUUAUUUCUCAAAAUAACGAGCUUCUGAUAUAAGUCACUGUCCCAUUCCUGGCUUAAAUCAGAUCUGUCAGGUGAAGAAUGUCAGGAAUUCUGACUACACUCAUUCACUUUUCCAUUCUUUAUAAACCAGGUUUGAAAGACUUUGUCUUAUAUGUGCUCGGUUCCCCUCCCACCUACUUCAUUCCGGUGCCUCCUUUCAAUUAAAAAAAAAUGUGUUGACAACCGAGUACCAAUUAAAAGAAAAGGGAGUAGAAAUGGAUUACCAUUUGAAAGGGAUUCGAUUAAUUUAAUCAACUUUCUUUGCAUUUCCUUCUUUUUUUCUAUUUAAAAUCUUACCUUUCUCCUGCUUUUAAGGUUAAAAUAAUCUUUACUCUGUACAGUCAUAACUAGUUAUGCUCAGGUUUGUUAAGUGGGCUACUGCUGCUUUUGAAAAAAAAUAAAUUGUAAUUGUACAGAA